GUGGUGACACCGCUGGGGUGCAGAGGGAGUCCCUGAAACUUCUCCCAACAGCCCCAGGGCCAAUCUCCCCUCAGCCCACUCACCCCUUCGCCAGCUCCCGGGUCCCCACUCCCUGCACCGGGGGUGGGGUAGGGAGCCAGGCUUGUCUCCCGCUGGGACACACACAGGGGCCGGGAGUGGGGACGGGACCCCCGAGGCGGGGGGGACGGACCGACAGAAAGACGGUCGGGAGCCCGGCCCAGCGGGCAGGCAGGCAGGAGGAGGAGGCGGCGGCGGGGGUACGGCCGGGAGGACUGGGUCUGGGGAGUUUCCUCUCAACUAUCGGGGGAGAAACUCCCCGCAGCCGGAGGAAAGACCCAGGCGGUGUUUUCCUCCCGGGGGCCGCGCUUCCCCGCCCCGCGUAGCGGCGGUCGCCGCCGCCACCACCGCCGCCGACACCUACCGUCUCUUUUUCUCCACCACCUCGGGCCCCCGGUGUCCCCGGCCAGCACUAUGCCCAUCUUACUGUUCCUGAUAGACACGUCUGCCUCUAUGAACCAGCGCAGCCAUCUGGGCACCACCUACCUGGACACGGCCAAAGGCGCGGUAGAGACCUUCAUGAAGGUACCGACUGACCGAGCCCCGGGCGGCGACCUCGGCCCGGCGGCCCGCGGGCGGCGGGGGGGAAAAAAAAAAUUCUCACGUUUUUCUUUUCAGGCUGGAUGGAAAGAAAACCAUGCAACGUUUAUGAAUGAACUGAAAAACCUUCAGGCAGAAGGACUUACGACUCUUGGCCAAUCCCUAAGGACAGCUUUUGAUUUAUUAAAUUUAAAUAGAUUAGUAACUGGCAUAGACAACUAUGGGCAGGGAAGAAACCCUUUUUUCUUGGAGCCAGCAAUAAUUAUUACAAUUACUGAUGGGAGCAAGUUGACUACUACCAGUGGAGUCCAAGAUGAGCUCCAUUUACCUCUCAAUUCUCCUUUGCCUGGGAGUGAGCUGACCAAGGAACCUUUUCGCUGGGAUCAGAGACUCUUUGCAUUAGUGCUGCGGUUGCCUGGCACCGUGUCGGUGGAGUCGGAACAGUUGACAGGUGUGCCCUUAGAUGACUCUGCAAUCACCCCCAUGUGUGAAGUCACAGGAGGCCGUUCAUACUCUGUGUGUUCUCCAAGAAUGCUUAAUCAGUGUCUGGAGUCCUUGGUGCAGAAGGUGCAAAGUGGGGUUGUAAUAAACUUUGAAAAAGCAGGACCAGACCCCUCUCCUGUAGAAGAUGGGCAGCCAGAUAUAUCAAGGCCUUUUGGAUCUCAGCCUUGGCAUAGUUGUCACAAGCUCAUAUAUGUCAGACCAAAUCCUAAAACUGGGGUUCCUAUAGGUCAUUGGCCUGUUCCAGAAUCUUUCUGGCCUGAUCAGAAUUCUCCAACACUACCACCUCGCACAUCUCAUCCGGUAGUGAAGUUUUCCUGUACAGACUGUGAACCAAUGGUUAUUGACAAAUUGCCUUUUGAUAAGUAUGAGCUGGAACCUUCACCACUGACUCAAUUUAUCCUGGAAAGGAAAUCUCCUCAAACUUGUUGGCAGGUGUACGUGAGCAAUAGUGCAAAAUACAGUGAGCUUGGCCAUCCUUUUGGUUACUUGAAAGCCAGUACGGCACUGAACUGUGUCAACUUAUUUGUGAUGCCUUACAAUUACCCAGUCCUCCUUCCCCUGUUAGAUGACUUGUUUAAAGUGCAUAAAGCAAAACCAACUUUGAAAUGGAGGCAGUCAUUUGAAAGUUAUUUAAAGACAAUGCCUCCCUACUAUCUUGGGCCCUUGAAGAAAGCUGUUAGGAUGAUGGGAGCCCCUAACCUAAUAGCAGACAGUAUGGAGUACGGUCUUAGUUACAGCGUCAUUUCAUACCUCAAAAAAUUGAGUCAACAGGCCAAAAUAGAAUCUGAUCGAGUUAUUGGAUCCGUAGGCAAAAAGGUAGUACAGGAAACCGGCAUUAAAGUCCGAAGCCGAUCACAUGGUAUAUCAAUGGCGUAUAGGAAAGAUUUUCAACAGUUGCUCCAGGGAAUCUCAGACGAUGUUCCUCACAGACUGCUAGACCUUAAUAUGAAGGAAUAUACUGGGUUCCAAGUUGCUUUGCUGAAUAAGGAUUUGAAACCACAGACAUUUAGAAAUGCUUACGACAUACCAAGACGGAAUCUUUUGGAUCACUUAACAAGAAUGAGAUCCAAUCUUUUGAAGAGCACCCGCAAAUUUCUUAAAGGACAGGAUGAAGAUCAAGUACACAGUGUUCCUAUAGCACAAAUGGGGAAUUACCAGGAGUACCUCAAGCAAGUACCUUCUCCACUAAGAGAACUUGAUCCUGACCAGCCUCGGAGGUUGCAUACGUUUGGUAACCCAUUUAAGCUGGAUAAGAAGGGUAUGAUGAUAGAUGAAGCAGACGAAUUCGUGGCUGGACCUCAAAAUAAACAUAAACGACCAGGAGAACCAAAUAUGCAAGGAAUCCCCAAAAGACGCAGGUGCAUGUCUCCACUGCUGAGAGGCAGACAGCAGAAUCCUGUCGUGAACAAUCAUAUUGGAGGAAAAGGACCACCCAUGCCUGUGACUCAGGCUCAGCCAGACCUUACCAGACCACUUCCUCCGCACAAAAUUUCAGAAACCCCUAAUGAUUCAGCAAUGGAUGAUGUGGUUGAAAAUCAUGUUGCAGACCAACUUCCAUCAGACAUUACGCCAAAUGCUAUGGAUCCAGAAUUUUCAACAUCAUCUUCUCCAGCCAGUUUACUGGAACGACCAGUCAACCAUACAGAGGCUCUGAGCCAUGACCAUUUGGGAACUAAUGACAUCACUGUUGGUGGAUUUUUAGAAAAUCAUGAGGACCCAAGAGGCAAAGAACAAUGUGCUGAAGAGAAUGUACCAGCAUCUUCACUCAACAAAGGAAAGAAAUUAAUGCAUUGCAGAAGCCAUGAAGAGAUCAACACUGAACUAAAAGCACAAAUAAUGAAAGAGAUCAGAAAACCAGGAAGAAAAUAUGAAAGAAUUUUCACUUUACUCAAGCAUGUGCAAGGCAGUUUACAAACAAGGCUAAUAUUUUUACAGAAUGUUAUCAAAGAAGCUUCAAGGUUUAAAAAGCGAAUGUUAAUUGAACAACUGGAGAACUUUUUGGAUGAAAUUCAUCGAAGAGCCAAUCAGAUCAACCAUAUUAAUAGCAAUUAAAAGAAAAUAAUGUGGCCACUUAGUUCAUUCUCUUCUCCAAACAAAGUAAACACAGGAUGGUGGUUAUCUUGCAUUCAUUUUUGACAUGCAUUGUUGGUUAUUUGAAACACAGAAAACAAGUCUAGAGCGCCUUUUCCCAUCAUUUUACAGUGACUUUUUCUUCUUGUUGGUUUAUUUUUGUAAUGUGAAAAGUAUCAUUCUAAAAAAAAUUUUUAUUUAACGAACUAAAAAUAUUCCUCCAGAUCUCUUGCUUGUCAUUGACUCUUGCGUGUCAAUUUCCCUCAGGUUCUAUUUUCUUAAACCAACCUUUAAAAUUGUCACCUCUGUUAAGGUUGAACUUUGCCAAAAAAGAAAAAGGAGUUACUUUGUAAUUUUUGGGGAAAAAAGCACAUACAUUAAAACUAGGUAAUGUUUUGUAUAUACAGUUAUUUUGGAUAUAUUAUUGUAAGUUGUACAAAUGUAUUUUGAAGAAUAUUUAAGAAAAGCACUUUUGUUAUUCCAUCAAUAAAUGCUCUAUUUUACUCUUGUGUGGCUUAGGAGAUAUCACAUUUAAAGUAAUUAUUAGAAAAAAAAUUAAUGGAACCUUAAAGGCCUUGCUUUUCAAGCACUGGAAGAUUACACCACUUGGAAGUUCAUAUUUUGUUAACAUACUGUAAUUGUGUGUUAGAUGACAUAUGUUGUCUUUUUCCUCUUUGUUCUUAGUUUUUGUUGUCCAUACCAGCAUACUCCUAUUUCGGUCCAGGUAAUGGAAAUGACUGUAUCUGUGGCACGUAGAUUGAUACUUAGAUGGAAGUUAUUCAAAGAAGAGACUUUGGACAUUGGUUUCCCUCCUUCCCUCCAGCCCCUUUCCUAAGUUUGUGAGUGGUUACACUGAACUGAGGCUGCUGGGGACUGGUUGAUGUAGGUACACUACAUGCUCUGAAGUUUCUAGCCUUUAACCACUUCUUGGCUUGCCUACAAAAGAGCUGUACAAAUUAGGGAUCCAACAAAGAAAGAUCCAUAAAAGAGACCCGUUCUGCUUCACUAUUUUCCUUUUUAAAUGCUCAGUUUCAUUUAGAAGCUGAAAUGGAAAGGAAACACAUUUAAGAUGACCUUGAUUUUGAUCAUUUUCAAUUGCACCAAGUUAAAUAGGAUUAGAAAGGAGUAGUAACCAUUCAUCAUUCUCAGUCCAACUGAGGACAUGUUCCUAAGACCGGAUUCACUUCUAAUUGGUAGCUCAAUGCUGUGCCUUAUAGUGCUUUUUGGAUUGCCAGUAGAAAAGGAGGUUAAAAUGCAUUUGGAUUAAAAGAUAAUGAAAUAAAUUUACAAUAAAAUGGAACUAUUUUUACAUUCAUAAUAUUUGAAAAUCACAUACCCUUUUUAUGCUAUAACAACUUUUUUUCACGUUUAAGGAUAAAGAAAAAUGAUACUGUAAAUUUUGAUGAAGAACAGAUGAACCUGAAUGUCAUAUUUAAUAUCUGCUAAUUUAAUCUACAGCAUUUGAAAUUCUAGAACUGAAGAAAACAACCCUUGUC